AUGCGGUACGUCAGCACCAGGGGAAUGGCCCCUCGGGUGGACUUUGAGGGGGCCCUCUUCUCCGGCUACGCGCCCGAUGGGGGCCUCUUCAUGCCCGAGGAGCUCCCUCAGCUGGACACAGAGACUCUGCGUAAGUGGAGCACACUCUCCUACCCUGGCCUGGUGAAGGAGCUUUGUGCCCUCUUCAUUGACCCCGAGCUCAUUCCAAGAGAUGACCUACAUGAUCUGAUCGACCGAGCCUUCCGCAGAUUCCGUCACCCAGAGGUGGUCCAUCUGUCCAGGUUGAGGAACGGACUGAACGUGUUGGAGCUUUGGCAUGGGGUCACAUAUGCGUUUAAAGACCUGUCCCUGUGCUGCACAGGGCAGUUUCUGCAGUACUUCCUGGAGAAGAGGAAGAAGCACAUCACCGUGGUUGUAGGAACUUCUGGGGACACGGGGAGUGCUGCCAUUGAGAGUGUUCAAGGGGCGAAGAACGUGGACAUCAUUGUUUUGCUUCCCAAGGGUCACUGCUCAAAGAUUCAGGAGCUCCAGAUGACGACAGUGCUCAAGGAGAAUGUCCACGUGUUUGGAGUGGAGGGAAACAGCGAUGAGCUUGACGAGCCCAUCAAAGCCGUGUUUGCCGACGUGGGUUUUGUCAAAGAGCACAACCUGAUGAGCCUUAACUCCAUCAACUGGUCCCGGGUGCUGGUGCAGAUGGCCCACCACUUCUUUGCCUACUUCCGGUGCACACCAUCCAUGGAAACAGACCCCCUGCCCCUCGUGGAGGUGGUGGUGCCAACGGGGGCUGGCGGCAACCUUGCAGCUGGGUGCAUUGCUCAGAAGAUGGGCCUUCCCAUCCGCCUGGUCGCCACAGUGAACCACAACGACAUCAUCCACAGGACCAUCCAGCGGGGGGAUUUCUCUCUGGCCAAGGCCAUCAAACCAACCUUGGCAUCAGCUAUGGACAUCCAGGUGCCCUACAACAUGGAGAGGAUAUUCUGGCUGCUCUCCGGUUCUGACAGCCAGGCGACAAGAGCCCUCAUGGAGCAGUUUGAAAGAAGCCAGGAUCUGCGUCUGCCCAAGGAGCUGCACAGCCAGCUUUCAGCGGCUGUGACGUCUGCGUGUGUGCCGGAUGAGGCCAUCACUCGGACCAUGGCCCGCUGUUGGGAGCAGAACCGGUACCUGCUGUGCCCGCACUCGGCUGUGGCCGUGACUUACCAUUACCACCAGAUGGACAGAAGGCAGCCCAGCAGUAAUCCCUGGUGCUGCCUGGCCCCCGCCUCUGCAGCCAAGUUCCCAGAAGCUGUCCUGGCAGCCGGGCUGACCCUGGAGACCCCCGCGGAGAUCCGAGCCCUGGAGAGCAAGGAGACCCGCUGCGCACCCAUGAGGAGAGGCGAUGACUGGACACUGAUCCUUCGGGGCGCCAUUGAGGGGCUCAGUCAGCAGUGGAGGGGCCGUGCCCAGAGCUCAACCUAGCCGCGCUGGAUGGGACUGGGGCCGCAGGGGGCUGCUCGUGCCCCUGCGCCCCAGUGAGCGUCCCGGGCCAUGUGGGUUCUUUCCAGUGCUCAGCCAGACCCUGGCAAUUUCCAUACCCGGUGCCUGGUCCCCAGGGGUGUGUGUGUGGGAUUCAUGGAGGAUGAAGAUGAAGAGGCUGGUGCACAGUGCUCUGGGGGCUUAGAGCCCCACCCCCUACGGUCCAAUCACAGCUCCGCUAGGUGCCCAGUGCUCAUGCAUUCACAUGACGUAUGUUCACCGAGUGUCAACGGUAUCCCAGGCAGUGAUCCGGAGGCCAUGGCCUCUGAGGGAAAUAGAACAGCAGCCCCUCCCUGGCGCUUAGCAUUUAGCUUAGCCAACGGCCAGGAAGCAAAUUGCUCACACAAAUAAACAUUGUCAUUUAAACUUCA